AUGUUUGGGAUUCAAGAUACUUUAGGAAGAGGACCAAUUCUGAAAGAUAAAUCUCUAGGUUCUGAAAUGGAUUCCGUCAGGUCCUGGGUCAGAAACGUUGGGGUUGUGGAUGCAAACGUAGCAGCACAAAGCGGAGUAGCUUUGUCCAGAGCUCACUUUGAAAAACAGCCACCCUCCAACUUGAGGAAAUCCAAUUUCUUUCACUUUGUUCUGGCUCUCUACGACAGACAGGGGCAGCCCGUGGAAAUAGAGAGGACAGCUUUUGUGGACUUUGUAGAAAAUGAUAAAGAGCAAGGUAACGAAAAGACGAACAACGGCACGCAUUACAAACUCCAGCUCCUGUAUAGCAACGGUGUCAGGACUGAACAGGAUCUGUACGUUAGACUCAUCGAUUCAGUCACUAAGCAGCCCAUAACUUACGAAGGACAGAACAAGAACCCUGAAAUGUGCAGAGUUUUGCUUACCCAUGAAGUCAUGUGCAGUCGGUGCUGUGAGAAGAAAAGUUGCGGCAACAGAAAUGAGACUCCAUCUGACCCCGUAAUCAUCGACAGGUAG